AUGAAAGUGACAAACUCGGGAAGUGAACAGGAAGGAAAUGUUACAAAUGAAAUUCCUCCUCCGUAUGUACAAAACGUAACUGUGCCUACUGCCGCCCAUGUAGGUCAAGAAGUGCAUCAAACACCAAUAGUCCAUCAAGGGUCAAAUGUACAAAGCUCAGCCUCCACCGAAAUCCCUCCUCAAGGAAUCACAGCACCCUCCUCACCGGUUACAAGUCAUCAAGAACCAUCUAUGAACUCUGCCAUUCUGGGUAUUCCUCCAGCACAAACCAUCACAGAGAUUCGU